AUGUCUCGUCUUGCAUCAACUCUUCGUUCAUCCAUCAGACAGUUGAGUACCACACCUAAAAUAAGGUCAGACUUUGGUGCUGUCCCGGAAGGCUUCAACAAAUAUACCGAACCAACCGCUCCAUACGAUAAUACUGAACGUGCUAGACGUCCUUUGCCUUCGUAAGUUCUUUUACGUGUUUGUUUUUCGUUUUUAGGCAAGGCUAUAUUAAUAUAUUUUGUUAGUUUUUUAUCGGUAACUGUUCUGGAAACGAGGGGAUGCUUGUAGUAGAGCUGACGGACUUUCUUAUAGUUUUUUUAAAGCUAAAUUUAUUCAAUUCCUGUUUUAGAGUGAACAGAGUUGAGCUGAUUGGCGGAGUAGCAUCUGAUGUUAGGAUUUCACACACUCCAAAUGGCAAAGAUGUGGCCAACUUUCAAUUAGCCACGAAUGUUGAAGUCAGAAAAGUUGAUGGAUCUUUGGCUCAGUUUACCGACUUCCACGCUAUCAAUGUCUUUGGUCCAUUGGUCAGAUUUGUUGAGAGAAACGUUGAGAAGGGUAUUUUUUAGGCUUAUUUUCGUUUUGAUAAAGUUUUAGGUGUUACUGCUAAAACUAACUUUUAAAGCAUAACACGUAAUUUAAAAAUUUGUUCUAGGCUGCCGAGUAGUAGUAAACGGAAGAUUGUCUUACACUGGAGGAUCGGUAGAUGAACUUGGUAACAGGACACCAAAGCAAGCGGUAAUAACUGCUGAAUUGAUUCAACCUUUGGCUAAAAUCACAAAAAAGUUUACUGAAUAGUUGUUUUUGUACAUUACCAAGAUUCUCAUUGUUAUUUGUUGUUAUAGGACAUGAAUAAACGGUCUAUAGUAAAAGUAUGUUUUGUUAAGGUAUGUGGUUGUUAAACCAUGAUUAUUUACUUUGAUAUUUUACUCCAUUUUUGUUACUAAUAUCUAUUGAGCACGUUUGCCUACCUUUAUUGUUUUUUGCGGAAUAUAUAACGAUCUUUGGCACGAAUUUUAACUAUUAUUAGAGUAAAUUAUUUAGUAUAGAAUAAUAUUUAUAAUAAACGUAUGUCAUCACUAAAUAAAUCAAAUUAUAGAGGAUGAGCAUCGGACGUCUUUCCGCUUUCACUUACCAAGCUUUGAGAAAUGUGCGUCCGUUCUCGAGCACUUCAAUGAAACGUUCGGAAGAACAACAAGAUCUUUUCCCACCAGAGUCUUCACCAGAUGUGCAACAGAGACCAAGAAGGCAAAGACCUGGGUAAGGCUUGUAUUUAUGUUGUUUUUUGGAUUUAGGUAUGAAUAGUAAUACUGGAGUAACGAAAAUAUGAUAUUAAUGAUUUUUCAAGAAUUUCGAUUUUUUUUACCUAAAGCGAGAAGCAUAUUGUUGCAUGUAAUUAUAAAGAGCAAGAAAACAUGUAUGUAUUUCCGGUUCAAAAGUAAAUAGAAAUUUCAAUCAUAAGUUUCAAAUUCAAAGUUUUAAUUAUAUUGUUGUAGAAUCAACUCUGUUCAUCUUCUCGGCGGCGUAGCUAACAACCCAUUGCAAAGAGUAGCUAGAAAUGGAAAGGAAUUCUGCACUUUUGACAUGUUUACUAACUUGGAACAACGUCGUGCUGAUGGAUCGUUCGCUGAACACACUGAUCUUCAUCAUGUUGUAGCACAUGGACCUUUGGCUAGAUAUGUAUUGAAUAAUGUGCAAAAGGGUAGGUCAAUCAUUAUUUUAUAAUAAUAAUAGGGAUUUUAGGCUUGAGAUUACUGUAGUUUUAGUUUAAAUAUCUAUGUUUUAUAAUUUUUAAAAAUAUUUGUGAACUUCUACAACCCACUUUGUUAGCUAUUUGGCUUUUAUUUUAUACCUGAAUCUUACUAUCUUUAAGGUUCCCGAGUUGUUAUCCAAGGCCGCCUUACCUACACUGCUGGCCAAACCAACGUAAGCGGCGCUCAGAUACCACCACGAGCUGUGGUGAACGCUGACAUUAUUCAACCCAUUGCUCGACCUGCUCCUCGAAACGAAUAA